AUCCUCUAUUUUUAGGACAAGUCUGGCUUAUCUUGUAUUUAUCCCAGCUGGGGGGAUAAUGUUUCCAGAGACCUCCUGUGAGUAAAGGCCGCAUAAGGGCUGAGUUAAUUUUAACUGCCUGGCGGUCUCGAGCAUGGAGCCGGCGCAGGAACCGGAGGAGCCGGGGCCUCAGACAGAAGCGGCUGCAGACACGGUUCUUGAGGUUGGACAGAGAUUGUUCCAGGUCAGCCGCAGCGUCCUCGCGCUGCACAGCCCCUAUUUCCGAGCCAUGUUUUAUGGGGGGGCGAGGGAGAGCUCCCAACACCACAUCGUGAUCAGAGAGGUCGAUGCGGUGCCUUUCCAGGCGCUGCUCGAGUUCACUCGCACGGCCCGAGUGCCGAUUGGCCAAGAAAACGUUGUCAGCUUACUGGAAACAGCUGAUUUUUUUCAGUUUGAGAGGGUGAAGCUGUUGUGCGAGAAGUUUCUGGAGCGAGAGCUGCACGUUUCCAACUGCCUGGGCCUGCUGGGCUACGCGCAGCGAUUCGCCGCCGCGGGGCUGUACCGGGCCGCGCUGAACGUGGCUCUCACGCACUGGGGGGACGUGAUGUGCCAGGAGGAGUUUAAGGCCCUACCCAAAGAGACGCUGGCGUGUCUCUUGAAAAGCGAUGAGCUCUUCGUUUCGCGAGAAGACGUGGUUUUCGACAGCAUCAUGAGGUGGAUAAUGGAGGACCCAGCGACGAGAGAGGAGGACUUUCUGGAUUUGGUGGGCGAAGUCAGGGUGGCUUUUCUGAGUUUGUCCUUCCUCGAUGUCCUGGUGAAGCGCAGCAAGCGCCCGGGACAGACGGACACCUUUUCCAGACUCAUAAAGAAGUUAGACAGCUGUCCUCCGCCCAGCUGGCGGCACACGGAGCUGCGUCCUCGUGCUGGCCGGAGUUACGACACCUUGUACGUCCUGGGAGGAAAGCACGACAAGGAACAGCAAGAAUUGUUCCUCUUUCAACCUAAAACAGAGAGCUGGCAGGCUUGCUCUCCGCUGCAGCGCAGGAACCUCACGCAGUACGCGGUGGCAGCAGUAGGAAGUUUCCUUUUCGUGACGGGAGGAUAUUUCCGGGAUGAGUUUGUGUGGUACAGCGUGGACUGGGUGCUCAUCUACAGCUGUGUGGACAACAGCUGGCUGGAGGGGCCGGCCAUGAAGAAGUCCCGCAACAGCCACUGUGCGGUGGGAGCGGGACUGUACCUGUACGUGCUCGGGGGGAGCACGGACGACGGGAUUGUCCCGGCCGUGGAGCGCAUGGCGCUGCUGGACUCGGAGUGGGAGAGCAUGAGUCCCAUGGCUCAGCCCGUGGAAAGGGGAGAUGCCGUCAGCGUGGGGACCAGGAUCUACGUGGUCUGCGGCCUGGAUGAAAACGGACACGUCUAUGAUGGAGUGCAAAGGCUGAACAUAGAGACGGACAGCUGGGAUGUUAUCUCGCUCUCUCCGCUUCCAAGGUAUGAUCUCUGCAUCACGUCACUGAACGGUGCUCUGUACACCAUCGGCGGGGGAGCUUUUCGACUGGACGUGGAGACAGACGAAUGGACCCCGGUGGAUGAGGAAUGCUUGACCCACAAGUUCUUCAUGGGGUGCAGCACUGUGAACGGACGCAUUUAUCUCCUUGGACAGCGGAAGGGGAACAGUGCCCUCCCCGUUGUAGUCCUGUUUGAUCCCUACCUGGACAUGUGCCAAGUCAUAGAGAACAAGCUCCCUUGUCCUCUUCCUAUUCACGGCUGCGUCUCUGUGCGAAGGUUUGACACAUGGGCCUAAGCGAUGCCAGAUCCAGCAUAACCAAGAAAAGGUCAUCUGCUCUACAGCUGAUGGGAGUUGGAUUGCGUCAAAUUUGGUCCGUGAAAUGUUUAAAUUUUGAAAAUAGAUCUCUUCCUUUGUGACUUUGAUUCCACCCGGCAAAUCAACUUGAAGCAAAAUCCAGUGAAACCUUGGUGUCUGCAUGACGGUCAUUAUUGGAAACAGCAGCCAGCGUGGUUAUGGUACAAAAGCUCCUCAGGGCUGCUGUGAAAUAAAGGGAUGCUCUGACCCUUAA